AUGGAGGAGCAUCGCAGCACGAGGAUUGAGUCUGAAUAUACUGCUAGGACUAGCUUGGAAAAGGUUCGGGAUCAGGAUCUUUUGCAUAAGAAGGCAAUCGGUACGGAUACUGGAGCGGAUAUAUUUGUCCCAAAUUCGAGAACGGAUAGAAUGUCGAAGGAACAUGGGAACAUAAAUGAGGGGCGGUGGAACGAUAGCGAUAGUAUCGACACGGAACCCUUUCCCGUACAAGACGCUCUCGAAGGCGAAGCGUUGGGAAGUAGUCAGACGACGACAUUAGCGAAAGGUGAUAUUGACGUGGAAGCACAAGGAGAGAAGGAAAAGGAAGAUGUGUCGAGAUUAGAAAGGGAGAAGGAAGAACAAGAUCCGAAUCUGGUAACUUGGGAUGGACCGGAUGAUCCCGAGAAUCCAAUGAAUUGGCCUGCGAAAAAGAAAUGGAUGGUGACUGUCAUGUUUGGUUUCAUGACUUUCGUCGUUACAUUUGCCUCGAGUGUGUUCAGUACGGCUACGAUGGACGUUGCGGAGUUGUAUGGGGUUUCGGAGGAAGUUGCUGUGUUGGGGACGUCGUUGUUUGUGUUGGGUUUUGGAGUUGGUCCUUUGGUAUGGGGUCCAGGAUCCGAGAUUUUUGGUCGAAAACUCCCCCUUUUCAUCGGCUACGCCGGUUUCGCCAUUUUCCAAAUCCCUGUCGCCUUGGCGCAAAACCUCUAUACCAUCAUGUUAUGUCGAUUCAUCGGCGGAGCAUUUGCAGCGGCGCCAUUGGCAAUUAUCGGCGGAGCGUUAGCGGAUUUCUUCGAUCCGGUCAAUCGAGGUGUUGCCGUUUGCGUUUUCGCGGCUGCAACUUUUAUUGGUCCGAUUGCUGGACCAAUUGGAGGUAAUUUCAUCACUCAAUCGUAUUUGGGAUGGAGAUGGACGGCCUGGAUUACGUUAAUUCUCGCUGCGGGAUUUGGCACGCUGGGUCUUCUUAUUGUACCGGAGUCUUCUCAUCUGAAGAUUCUUCAACAACGUGCUGCGAAAUUGAGAUUUGAAACGAAAAAUUGGGCGCUUCAUAGUAAAGCCGAUGAAAUCAAACUCACCACUCAAACCAUUGUCCAAACCUAUCUCCUCCGCCCCUUCAUUAUGAUCUUCCAAGAACCCAUCCUCCUCCUCGUUACCCUCUACAUGUCCCUCAUCUACGGCAUCCUCUACCUCUUCUUCGAAGCCUACCCCAUAUCCUUCCAACAAGCGCGCGGCUGGUCCCCCGGCAUCGCCGCUCUCCCAUUCAUCGGGAUUCUCCUCGGAAUCAUCAUGGGCGCCGUAAUCAUAGUCUGGGUCACCAAAACCCGAUUCGCGCGAAAAUAUCACAAGCACGGAAAAGUGAUACCCGAAGAACGUUUACCACCCAUGAUCCUCGGCUCCUUCAUCUUACCCAUCGGUCUCUUCUGGUUCGCCUGGACAUCCUCCCCGCACAUCACCUGGGUUCCGCAGGUGAUCUCGGGUGUUUUCAUCGGAUGUGGCAUCUUUAUGAUUUUCCUGCAGGGUUUGAAUUACAUCAUCGAUGUCUAUAUGUGGCAUGCGAAUUCGGCUAUUGCUGCGAAUACCUUCCUGCGAAGUUUUGCCGGAGGCGGUUUCCCCCUCUUUGCGCAGUAUAUGUUCAAUGGGUUGGGCGUGGCGUGGGCGACGAGUGUGUUGGGCUUUGCGUGUGUGGUUAUGAUACCGGCGCCGGCGUUGUUCUUUAUUUAUGGCGCAAGGGUGAGGAAGAUGAGUCGCUUUAGUCCGAGUGAUUGA